AUGAAGUUCAUACAGGAAGAAAGAAUGGAUGUAGGAAAUUGCUCAUUGAAUGAAUUCAUUUUUGUGGGAGUUACCAAUAACACUGAGAUGAAAGGGCUGCUGUUUGCCAUAUUUCUACUCAUCUAUCUUAUCAAUCUUGUGGGAAAUCUUGGUAUGAUCAUUUUGAUCAGGAUGGACCCACAGCUCCACACACCCAUGUACUUUUUCCUGAGCCACCUGUCUUUCUGUGAUCUCUGCUAUUCCACGGCAAUUGGUCCCAAGAUGCUACUAGAUAUAUUUGGCAAGAACAAGUCGAUUCCCUUCUGGGGCUGUGCUAUUCAAUUUUUCAUUUCCUGCACCUUUGCAGAUUCUGAGUGUGUACUGCUGGCAGUGAUGGCCUUUGAUAGGUACCAGGCCAUUAGCAACCCCUUGCUCUACACAGCAAACAUGUCCAGUGGCCUGUGUUCCAUGCUCGUGGCUGGGGUUUACCUGGUGGGAACGUCAGAUGCUUUGAUACAUACAACCUUGGCAUUCCGCUUGUGUUUCUGUGGAUCCAAUAAAAUCAACCAUUUCUUCUGUGAUUUACCUCCACUUUACCUCCUCUCCUGCUCCGAUACUCAAGUAAAUGAGUUGGUAUUAUUCACUAUUUAUGGUUUCCUCGAACUGAGCACCAUCUCAGGGGUCCUUGUUUCCUACUGUUAUAUCAUCUCAUCAGUCCUAAAAAUCCGCUCUGCUGAGGGGAGGUCCAAAGCUUUCUCCACUUGCACUUCGCACUUGACUGCAGUUGCUAUUUUUCAGGGAACUCUACUCUUCACAUAUUUUCGGCCAAGUUCUUCUUACUCUCUUGAUCAAGAUAAAAUGACUUCUCUAUUUUACACCCUUGUAAUUCCCAUGCUGAAUCCGCUGAUUUACAGUCUAAGGAACAAGGAUGUGAAAGAGGCUUUGAAGAAAAUUAAAAUAAAUAGAUGGUUUUAA